AGAGGAGCUCUCGGCAGUGAGAUCAUGGGAGAGUCCACGCUUGGAGAAAGUAGGUUAGCAGGGUAGACUAAAGAGGGAAGGAGGCAGAGCGCAAAGGGGGGGUCCGAUCACCGGUCGUCCACCGUUGGACUAGUCUUUCAAAAAAAGUUCUAUUCUCCAGUGCGCCGAGGCUGUGACGAUGCGAUCCAAAGCGACUUUAUUCACUCUUUCAUUCCGUUCGGACUUAACCGAGCGAUAGAGGAGAGGAGUUUCGGAUAGUUCUGUAUUUUUUUUGGCCGUGCUUAACGAGAUCUGUCUGCAGCCGGGGACCAAGUUAAUAUUUACAGAGCCAGUUCACUCCGGGCCCGGCGGUUUAUUCUGUCACCUACAUGAAACCCAUGUAGCCGAGUGUUUCUACCGUCCAGCCAAGAGAAAAGACCACAUCACAAUGAGAGCUCAGAUCGAGGUCAUCCCCUGUAAGAUCUGUGGGGACAAGUCCUCAGGAAUCCACUAUGGAGUCAUCACCUGCGAAGGCUGCAAGGGUUUCUUCCGUCGCAGCCAGCAGAACAAUGCCAUGUACUCGUGUUCCCGCCAGAGGAACUGCCUGAUCGACCGAACUAACCGUAACCGAUGCCAGCACUGCCGCCUACAAAAGUGUCUGGCUUUGGGCAUGAGCAGAGAUGCGGUUAAGUUUGGCCGUAUGUCCAAGAAGCAGCGUGACAGCCUCUACGCUGAAGUGCAAAAACACCAGAAGUCCCAGGAGUGUGUGAGUUCUGCCGGCGGGGGUCCCACUGCUCUGUCUCUACCCAAGAAGGAGGCCGUCUGUGGCGUGGAGGAUGGCGAAGAGGCUCUGAGCCGGUCCUACAGCAGCGGGGGCUCCCCCCUGAGCGACCUGGAUGACAUCGCAGCGCUGCCUGACCUGUUUGACCUGCCGCUGACUCCCGAGGAGGCCCGCAAGUACUGCAGCCUGGAGGUGGUCGGCAGCGGAGCCAGCACCGGGAACACCUCCAAGUCAACGUCCUCGUCUUCCUCUCCCUCAUCCCUGUCUAAUCAGAAUUCCCCGCGGCAGACUAUGCUGGACGGGCCAGACAGCAACGGGAUCCAGCUCCUGCAUACACACUCCCACACGCACCCGCUGCUGGGACACACACAUGCACUGCUGGACCAUCUGCCUGAUGACUGCUCAAUAACAGACCUUGAGCGUAUCACUCAGGGUAUUGUUAAGUCUCACUUAGAGACGUGUCAGUACAGCAGUGAAGACAUGAAGAGAUUUACCUGGAUACAAUACGCACCUGAAGAAACGCGUGCUUAUCAAAGCAAGUCAGCUGAAUGGAUGUGGCAGCAGUGUGCACACCACAUCACUAAUGCCAUCCAAUGUGUGGUGGAGUUUGCCAAACGCAUCGCAGGCUUCAUGGACCUGUGCCAGAAUGAUCAGAUUAUACUGCUGAAAGCCGGCUGUCUGGAGGUCCUGCUGAUACGUAUGUGCCGAGCAUUCAACGUCAACAACAGCACUAUUUUCUUUAAUGGGAAGUUUGCUCCGGCUCCGUUCUUUAAAGCACUUGGUUGCGAUGACCUGGUCAGUGCAGUGUUUGAUCUGGGAAAAGGAUUCUGCCGUCUACAGCUGUCUGACGAAGAGAUGGCUCUGUUUAGCGCCGCCGUUAUUUUUUCUCCUGAUCGACCCUGGCUAACAGAAGGCCAAAAGGUUCAGAAACUCCAGGAGAAGGUCUACCUGGCUCUGCAGCACAGUCUACACAAGAGUGGUGCUUCAAACGAGAAACUGGACAAGAUGGUGUCCAAGCUGCCCACAAUGAAGUCUAUCUGUAACCUCCACGUUGAUAAACUUGAGUUUUUCCGUUUGGUCCACCCAGAUACCGCGUACAGUUUCCCACCACUGUACCGGGAAGUGUUUGGCAGCGAGAUGUCUCUGCCGGACUCCACCAACAGCUAGACAGACAGGCCGAGACAAAACAAGAGAGAUGGACAAAGUAUAUUAAGAAGUAGGAAAGCAAAAAAGGAGAGACAGAGAAGGAUAGAGAUGUUGAAGCUCAAUGACCAGCAGUUAUGAGACAAUCCAGAACUUUAAAUACUCCGUCUCCAAUGAUCCCAAAGUAGCUCCACUUUCCCAGCAGGCAAAGCACCUUACACUACAGACCACACAUGCUCAUGGUCCUCGGCAUAUUGUAGCAUUAACAAGUGGAUGGGCAUCCUAAUAAUACAGCUCCAAGCUUUAACACUUGUUAAACCACUGAGGUUUACCCAACCAGAUAUGAAUGUACCUCACCAAUAAGCACCAGUGCACAAGCCAGAACCCAACAACAAUGAAUGUACAACCCUGCCACUCUAAGAUAGAGUUUUACAUAAAGUAUUAGAAUGAAGUUGUGUUGAUUCGCCAGGUAGUGUAUUAAUACAGCUCUCAGUCGAUAUUUCUUACUAUAUAUGGCUAAUACUUCUUAGUUUGGUACACAUGCAUAUUCAUGCAGACAAUAUCAUUGUACUGACCAUCAAUUAGGGACCAAGAGAAAUUUUCUCUGAUAUAAAAAGAAACACAUAGAUAGGAUAUGACUUACGGCUUAGGCUGACCUCUUUAAUCAGCUGAGAACCAGCUUCCCACACAUGUAGACGGUGUUCGGUGCUGCCUUUUUGUAAACUCGUGUAAUGCAAUGAGAAACCUCAGUCCCACGCACCCCUUUCCUUGUAAAUGCCCCUUAGAGACAGGACAAGAUGAAAUUAUCUUUAAUUUAUAUACACAUUUAUAAACAAAUAUUUUAAAUAAAAAUGUAAAUAGAUGACUAUAUGUAGAGUUAGAAUGUGUGAGUUCAGUUAAGAGAGAAAGGGAGAGAAAAGUGCAUCGUAAGAGAUAGAGAUAAAGAUGGAUAUUUCAGGAAAACUAAUAUUUGGACUCAAAUCGUUUUCUGGACUACUUCCUCUCUUUUGACAGUACUCUCAGGUUUCCAUGGCAACGGCCCCCUCUCGGCCUGAUGGCAAAAUCCAGCUGGGUUUGGCGCGGUUACGACGCAAAACACUUGUUGGCUUUGCAGACGCGACACAGCAGGUGGGGCAGUGUCCCCCCAAACAAAGACGGACCAACAUUGCCUUGGUUUUGCAUUUAAACUGAGAAACUGUUGGCGCUGCCACCCUCGGCUCAAAAGACAAGAGGACAAAUAAAGGACACUAAGGAAGAGACAAAAGCAAAGCAAGAGAUGACGUCAUGAACUGUAGAAUAAAAUACACCGGGUUUCCCUACCUGUUUCUAACCAGCAGUCAGUACCGUUUGUGUAGUAUAAUUGUCUUUCACUCAUAAGGUUUCAGUUGGUUACAAGCCGGAAUGAUGAUGAUCUAAAAUAUGUAUCAUAAACCCUCCACGCUGGUUGGAACAACUGUAUUAUUUUGUACAUUUGCUGUUCCUAUCUCCUUUAGUCCCAAACACCAAGCACUUGUACUUUCCUCUUCCUCACUGGACACUAGUCUAAGGCCAGACAGAGCUAGCAGCUGCCCCCCUGAGUUGAGCCUCAAUGCCAGUAAGGCUUUUCAGUCAAACUGCUUUAUUAAUUUAGUUUUUUAUUCAAUAUCUGUCACCCAUAACUGUUUACAUUUUUCACGCACGUAAAUCACACGCUCUCUGAAGUUUGCUAGCACAUUGAGAUGAUGAUGAUAGUGUCUUACUCUGGGUGCCGUGAAGUUCUUGAGCAGAGUCUGAGUACCUGCGUCUCAGGGAGCUGGCUGUGGUCUCUUGUCCCUUUAUUACCAGUGUCAUUGUUCAGCCCCGUGCUCCUCACACCUUUGCACCUCAUAUGAGACCCGUAACCAUAAUCACUGUGGACGUAAGUUCUAUUUUUGUGAAUGUUACUCACAAAGUGUCAAAGCCCUUCCCAUUUGUUCUAAUAUUGUGACGUCAAAUUUACAAAACAUAGGAUUAAAAAAAAAAAAAAUCAACACCAAUGAAUAAAUCAUUUAGAGUUAAAUAUGAAUUCCUUACAAGGGUUAAAUGUUUGUUUUUGUUGUGAUUUUUAUUUGUCUUUAUGUGUCUCCACUUUUGUUUUGAAAAGUCAGUGAUCUAUUUUUUUUAUUAAAAAAGAUUAGGUAAAAACAAAAAAAGAGUAGUUUGUCUCCCUUCUCUUUCCCUGUAUGACAAAAUGUACAAGAGGUCUAUUAAUAGUCCAAAAGUAACUGAGUUACACAGCUCGAUAAAUAUUGUUGUCCAAUGGGAUACAUUAUAUGUGGUUUUAAGAAUGUAAUAAAUGGUUUCUUUGUCUUUU